AUGACGAUUCUCAUCGAUCACCACUCUGAUCACAAUGGGGAUGAUAUUGUUGAGAAGAAUGUAACAGAGGAAGAAACAGAGUUGGUGUUAGAUGGAGGUUUUGUGGCUCCCCACACAAACUCUUUUGGUCACACCUUCAGGGAUUAUGAUGCUCAAAGUGAGAGGAGGAGAAGUGUGGAGGAGUUCUACAAAACCAAUCAUAUUGGCCAAACCGUUGACUUCGUUAGGAGGAUGAGAGAGGAAUACGGGAAGCUAAACCGAACCGAGAUGAGCAUUUGGGAAUGUUGUGAGCUUCUCAAUGAGUUUGUUGACGAGAGUGAUCCUGAUUUGGACGAGCCUCAGAUUGAACAUUUGCUUCAGACAGCUGAAGCCAUCAGAAAAGAUUACCCUGAUGAAGACUGGCUCCAUUUGACCGGUCUUAUCCAUGAUCUUGGAAAAGUUCUUCUCCACACUUCAUUUGGUGAGCUUCCUCAGUGGGCUGUUGUUGGUGAUACAUAUCCAGUGGGAUGUGCUUUUGAUGAGUCUAUUGUUCACCACAAGUACUUCAAGGAGAAUCCAGACUUCAAUAACCCGAGUUACAACACCAAGUACGGGAUAUACACAGAAGGUUGUGGGCUUGACAAGGUGUUCAUGUCUUGGGGACAUGAUGAUUACAUGUACCUUGUUGCUAAGGAGAACAAAACUACAUUACCAUCGGCUGGUCUUUUCAUUAUCAGAUACCACUCGUUCUAUGCUCUUCACAAAUCAGAAGCAUACAAGCAUUUGAUGAACGAUGAAGACAGAGAGAACAUGAAGUGGCUGAAAGUGUUCAACAAGUAUGAUCUCUACAGCAAAAGCAAAGUCCGUAUAAAUGUGGAAGAAGUGAAACCAUACUAUCUCUCCCUAAUCAACAAGUACUUUCCGACAAAGUUGAAGUGGUGAAAUUCACAAGUAGGAGGGGGCUUAUUAUAAAAUAGAUGUGAUGAAUGUGACUUCAAAUAUGUAUAAACAUAAAAGGCAGAUAUGGCUUUAUGAAUAAACAGAGUGUUGGUUUCAUUUGUGCUUUAAUUUUAUUUCCAAUGAUACAUUCCGG